AUGAGCGCCAGCACAAGCGGCAGGGGCGGUGGUGGCGGAGCCAGCGGCAGCAGCAGCAGCUCACAGGCCUCCUGUGGGCCUGAGUCCUCAGGCUCUGAACUAGCCCCAGCCACACCGGCGCCCCGGAUGCUGCAGGGGUUCCUGGGCUCUGACGACGAGGAACAGGAGGAUCCUAAGGACUACUGCAAGGGUGGCUACUAUCCUGUGAAGAUUGGAGAUCUGUUCAAUGGUCGGUACCAUGUGGUGCGCAAGCUGGGUUGGGGCCACUUCUCCACUGUCUGGCUCUGCUGGGACAUCCAGCGCAAGCGCUUUGUGGCCCUAAAAGUGGUGAAGAGCGCGGGACAUUACACAGAGACAGCUGUGGAUGAGAUCAAGCUCCUGAAAUGUGUUCGGGACAGUGACCCUAGUGACCCCAAAAGAGAGACCAUUGUUCAGCUUAUUGAUGACUUCAGGAUCUCAGGCGUUAAUGGAGUCCAUAUCCUUUAUGUGUGCAUGGUGCUGGAGGUGCUAGGCCACCAGCUCCUCAAGUGGAUCAUUAAGUCCAAUUACCAGGGCCUGCCUGUGCCCUGUGUGAAGAGCAUUGUGAGGCAGGUGCUGCAUGGCUUGGACUACCUCCACACAAAGUGCAAGAUCAUCCACACAGACAUCAAGCCUGAGAACAUCCUGCUGUGUGUGGGUGACCCAUACAUCAGGCGCCUGGCUGCUGAGGCCACAGCAUGGCAGCAGUCAGGGGCACUGCCCCCAUCCCGCUCCAUAGUCAGCACUGCCCCCCAGGAAGUCUCGCAGACCAGUAAGCUGUCCAAAAACAAGAGGAAGAAGAUGAGGCGCAAACGGAAACUGCAGAAGCGACUGCUGGAGGAGCGGCUGCAGGACCUGCAGAGGUUGGAGGCUAUGGAGGCAGCUGCCCAGGCCGAGGACUCCAGCUGGAGACUAGAGGGGGGCAGCGGCUCCACCUCCUCUUCAGGCUGCCACCCUGGGGGUGCCGGGGCAGGCCCCUCCCCAGCCUCCUCCUCCCCCACCCCAGGGGGCAACCGCAGACUCAGCCCUGGGUCACAGAGCUCUGGCUUUUCUGGCUCCCUCUUCUCUCUGGCUUCGGGCUCCAUCCUCUCUGGCUCAUCCACUCAGCGUGAGACCGGGGGCCUCCUGUCACCCAGCACACCAUUUGGUGCCUCAAACCUUCUGGUGAACCCUUUAGAGCCCCAAAACGCAGAUAAGAUCAAGAUCAAGAUCGCAGACCUGGGCAAUGCCUGCUGGGUGCAUAAGCACUUUACUGAGGACAUCCAGACCCGGCAAUACCGGGCGGUAGAGGUGCUGAUCGGUGCUGAGUAUGGGCCCCCUGCAGACAUCUGGAGCACAGCGUGCAUGGCCUUUGAGCUGGCCACUGGCGACUACCUGUUUGAGCCUCACUCUGGAGAAGACUACAGUCGGGAUGAGGACCACAUUGCUCACAUCGUGGAACUUCUAGGAGACAUCCCCCCGGCCUUUGCCCUCUCAGGCCGCUAUUCCCGGGAGUUCUUCAACAGGAGAGGAGAGCUGCGGCACAUUCACAACCUCAAGCACUGGGGCCUGUAUGAGGUCCUCAUGGAGAAGUACGAGUGGCCCCUGGAGCAGGCCACACAGUUCAGUGCCUUCCUGCUGCCCAUGAUGGAAUAUAUCCCUGAAAAGAGGGCCAGUGCAGCAGACUGCCUCCAGCACCCUUGGCUCAACCCCUAG